AUGAGUUUCCAGUCGUUGAACUCCUUUGGAAAGGUCUCCUUUCUUAGGCAGCUUUUGACUGAAGACUCUUCUGAUCUCGAUGGUAUCGUGCCGGCACUCCUGAGCACCCACGCAGCUAUGGAUUCGGCAGUUUUGAGAGACACCUCCGCUCAGGUUCUGAUAAAAGCCGCCGAAAAAAAUUCUGAAGUUGUCUCACAGUUUAUAGAGACCGCGCAGACUUCCCUCAAAUCAGGCGGAAGCUCAGCAAUUACCUUAUUGCUUGAAUGGGCCAACGCUCUAUUGGUGGCUUUAGGACCGGUCGCCCAAGACCUCCUAUCAGUACAGGCAAAACUUCUGCUCCGGGCAAUGGACUCAAAUCGCCCGCGUCUAUGCAAAACUUCGCUGCGCCAAACUCGGGCGGCUUGCACCAAAUACGCUGUCAGGCACGGGGCUUCUCCUAUUCUUGAUUUACUGAAAAACAAGUCGCUGGCGGCAUGUUUGUUGGCAGGAGCUCUUGCAGAUGGAGCUGCCGUAAUUGCACCCGAAACACCCGCCAUAGAAGCCGCUUGUGUCGAAGCUGUUCCAGACUUUGUUGCUGCGUACAUCGCCAGUGUUUUAGGCCCUGCGGACCCUGCAUUGACGGACAGUGUGAUUCAAGCCCUUGGCCCGUUUAUGGCAUUGAUCCCCCAGCAAAUCUUUGACGAACAAUUGGUGCCAGCUUAUGGUAGAGCUAUGCUUCGCUCAGCUGAGCUUACUCUGGUGAUAGUUCUGCCACCGGUGAUUAAAGACCAAACCCGGGAUUUGAAUAUGAACGCAUUGGCUGAAAAAUUAGAGCAGUCUCUGCAGUCCAAUUUGUCUUCCUCAAGCCCUCAGGUUCGACAGCAGGCUUCUGAAGUUCUGGGCUUGUUACUGUCUAGGGGUAUUGACGAUUCUCUUGUCACAAAAAUCGCUACCAAUGCGAAAAAGGCCACUAACCCAGCCCAAUCUGCUCUAUAUGCUCAUUCGUUAGCGAGAUACACUUCGGCUAUCUCUCCAGCUCUUCCUGCUGUUAUCGACACUUUAUCAUCAUUCGCAACUAAAGUAAGCACAGAAGCAGGUGUGUCAGAAAUUGCUAAAGCUGUUGUUAAUGCGCUCCCGGAGUCUGAAUCUAUUGUUGUCAAGGGCUUGCAAGACUCAAGAAACCCCCUACGUCGUAUUUGGGCCGUGACGCUUGCAAGUGGGCCCGCUAAACUGACACCCAACAUUGAAACAGCGCUGAAAAAGGCAUACAAAGAUAUUGCAAGUAACGUCAAUGCUGCGAUUAGUUUUAAAUGCAUCGCUAUUGGGUAUGCGUGUGUUCUGCUGGGAGCUGAUGAUGGAGAUGCGCUUUUCGACCCCAGGGUAUACGAGCGCCUGACAGCUAGUGAAGACCUUCAAAUCGGUGUUCAAGCUGCUGGAAAACGCAAGUCCCCUGAAAGUACCCGUGCAAUGACCUAUCUUGCGGCUAGUCAAACUGCAGGCCUUGCUCAGACUGAGUCGGUAUCUGCCCUUGGUAAGGUUUAUCAAGAGAACUCCGAACUUGGUGUUUACAUGGCUCAGGAACUGAGUUCGCACACCGACAAGUGGAGUAGGAUUAGUGCGGUAAUCAAAGCUUUUGGACGUCCUGCUGCUUUGGCCGAAAACACCCUUGUGGCUCUUAUUGUCACUGCCCACCAUCAAAAGGCGCUUCCUCAAACAUGGGUAGGCUUGUGUGCUCGUGCUCAGGUCGAUGCAGGCGCUGUCGCAUCUCAAAAUGUUGAGAAGCUUUUAGAGCUUGUCUGGGAUGCUUCCUCGGCUACAGGCGAAGGCGCUACCGAGUGGCACGCAGCAGCUGCUUCUGCUAUCGCUACUCUUGCUUUUGUCGCGCCGCAAGUUUAUGCACCUCACAUCGUUUCAUACCUAGAGCGUAGCUUGUUACCUGUGGAUGUAACAGCUGAUGAUAUCACAAUCUUUCGUACGGCCCCUGGCGAGCUGGCUAUGACCAAGGCCGUUAUGAAAAAGCGGGAUGUAACUGAACGUGGCCGUGACAAAUCUCUUGACGCCUGGGAAGCGGAAGUGAGACGAGAGCUCGCUGCUAAAAAUGGUGGUAAGCUUUCUAAAGAAGACACCGCGAUGAUGGCGGAACAAACUGUCCGCCGCAACGGGCUUGAAAAAUUCGCCGCUGGAUAUAAGUUUGCUUUGUCCGUCAUACUUGCAUUGUCGAAAGCUGGCGUAGAGAAUGGCCAAAAUGUGUGGUUCCCUCGGGCAAUCACUUUGUUGAUCAAACUGGGCUCCAGCCUGGCCGCUCCACUGGCAGAUGUCGCAGGAACCGUUCAGGCUCUUACAGCUAACAUUUCUGCCCGGUUCACUGACCGUCGUGAGGAUGCUGGCAAAGCAUUGUGUUCUGCGUUCGGCCUAAUCUCUGUUCCAAAUGCUGACGACAUCGCCGUGAGAGUUCUCUAUCGUGCCAAGAUGCUGGGUGAUCAACGUCCAUUUGAUGCAGUUACUCUAGCUUACCUGCUUCCCCUCCUCACAAAAGUUGUCCGCAAUCGAGCAUUCAAAACACCAACACAAGAGGAAAUGCUUUUGCUUACCUUUAGUGUUCUUGCUAGCCAUGCGGAUGAAUUGGCCACCGUCCCUCGCGACGGUUUAGUUGUUGCUUUGUUGAAACUUCUCUCAUCUAGAAAGGACAAGGCCAAGGACGUAAAGGAGUGCUUGCAGCGUAUUGCCCAAGGUGUAUUGUUUGAUAAUGAUGAAUUAUCUGCUUUGCUCUCUGCCGUUGUUGACGACAACCCGUACGUGCGUGUUGCGACCCUUGAAAUUCUUGAUCAAGAAGUCGAUUUAACCGCAUGGAAAUAUGCACCAGAAAUCUACAUUGCAAGCUUUGCUGAGGAUGCCCCCCAGGCAGCCGCAGAUGUUUGGUCUGAGAGCGGAAUGAGUCUACCUGAUGACGCUGUUGAACUAGCCGAGUCUCUGCGCCCGUUCCUGGGCACAAACGUUCGCCAUGCUGUUGCGAAGGGAUUAGCAGCGGUAGUAGCUUCUCGCCCGGAGACUUUAACGACAAUCCUUGAUAUGCUCUAUGAUGCUUUCCGUGUGGCAAGCGAGCCACCUCAACCGGUGAUUGAUGAAUUUGGCCUCGAGAUCAAGACAGCUUUCAAAGAUCCUUGGCCUAUUCGAUGUGGUGUAGCCACCUCUCUAAACCUUCUGGUUCCCGUCCUGUCUGGUGAACAACCGUUGCAACUAGGUGAUUUCGUUGCCAAGGCUGUCGGCGACUCCAACAAUCAAGUUGAUUUUGAGCUUCAAACUUUGGGUGCUCAUCUGGUGGCUUGUCAUGGUGCGGAGCGUGUAGACGAGCUGCUCACAAAGUUCGAGAACCUCGUUACUGUCAACAAACCUCAGCAGGCGCAUGUGGUAUUGUACGGCUUAGAAGCUCGCCACUUAGCCCCCAGCGAUCCAAGGCUGCCAGCGAUCGCGCAGCGUCUGUUAGAUACUCUUGAUUCUUCUGAGCGCGUCCAGCAAUCAGUUAGUGAGGCUCUUUCAGCACUUGCUUCUCGCAUUGAUCCUGCACCUCUGAUGACUCGUUUGCUUGAAUCGCUUGGUGCUAACACUUCGACCGACUCUCGUAGAGGUGCUGCGUACGGUUUAGCAGGUCUUGUUGGUGGGUUGGGUCUUGUGGCUCUAACCGAUUAUGGCGUUAUUCGUACAAUUCAGGAAUACAGCGAAGACAAGCGCGAAGCUGCUCGCCGUGAAGGUGCUCAGCUCGCCGUAGACUGUUUGUCACAACGUUUGAACAAUCUAUUUGAACCAUAUGCACUCGAGCUGCUACCACUAGUUCUUGCAGGUCUGGGUGACAUGAACAACACGGUGCGUGAAGCUGCUGCCACAGCAGCUCGCUCCAUCAUGAAGGUUACUACAACAUUCGGUAUCUCAAAGUCUAUUCCUUUGGCAAUUAAUCGUCUUGAUGACACUGCUUGGCGUGGAAAGAAGGGAGCAGUUGAGCUGCUUGGUACUAUGGCCUACUUGGACCCCCAACAGUUGUCUGCCUCUCUUUCUACGAUUGUUCCCGAGAUUGUUGCGGUGUUAAACGAUACCCACAAAGAGGUGCGAGCUGCCGCCAAGAACUCUCUGCAUACGUUCGGUGAUGUUAUUGAGAAUGCUGAGAUUAAAGCUAUCACACCCCAGCUUCUAGAUGCCAUCUCCGAUCCUACUCGUCACACCGAGUCUGCUCUUGAUGCUCUUCUCGCUACAAAAUUCGUGCAUUACAUUGACAGUCCUUCUUUGGCACUAGUGAUUCACGUUGUGAAACGCGGUAUGCGGGACCGUUCGGCAAAUACCAAGCGUCGUGCCUGCCAAGUUGUGGGUAAUAUGUCUAUUCUGACAGAUGGUGCCGAUCUGGUUCCAUACUUACCGGAGAUCAUGCCCGAUCUGCAAGUCGCUAUGACUGACCCUGUGCCCGCUACAUGCGCAACUGCAUGUAAAGCACUUGGUGCAUUAGUUGAGAAGCUUGGUGAAGAGCAGUUCCCUGAUGUGAUCCCCAAUAUGCUCGAGAUUCUCCGCGAUCCCACAAAGAUCGGCGAUCGCUGGGGCUGUGCUCAAGGUCUCGCCGAGGUUACUCAUGGCCUGGGUGUUGCCAAACUCGAGGAACUUUUGCCCCUUGUUGUCAAGAGCUGUGCCAACCCGCAACCUCAUAUCCGCCAGUCGUUUGUGCUUAUGCUUUUAUUCUUACCUGCCGCUUUUGGACCUUCUUUCACACCAUACCUCUCACAAAUUGUGCCCGCAGUUUUACAGGGACUUGCGGAUUCUGUUGAAGAGGUCCGUGAAAACGCCCUUAAGGCGGGCCGACUCAUUGUCAGAGAUUAUGCUGCCAAGGCUGUUGACUUGUUGCUUCCUGAACUUGAGCGCGGUCUUUCUGAUACCUCAUACCGCAUUCGUCUCUCUAGUGUUGAGCUCACUGGUGAUCUCAUGUUCCGUCUUGCAGGUAUUUCCAAGACUGCUGCUGAGGAUGGAAGCGGUGCCGGUGCCGCUAAUCAAACUCUUGUUGAAGCUCUUGGUCAGACACGACGUGAUCGGAUUUUAGCCGCGCUCUUCAUUUGCCGUGCCGAUGUUAGCGCUCAGGUGCGUACUUCCGCUUUGGACGUUUGGAUGGCUCUUGUUGCUAACACUCCUCGCACUGUCAAGGAGAUCUUGUCACCAUUAACCCACAUGCUUGUCCGUCGUUUGGCUUCUUCUCACGAAGAAACCCAGACGAACGCUGCCCGUGCAUUGGGAGAACUUGUACGUCGUGUUUCUGGUGCACUCGUUCAGCUGUUGCCUACCCUUGAGGAGCUUGCUAGCGAUCCCGAGUCCCGCCAGGGUAUCUGUGUCGGUCUUGUGGAACUUAUUGUUGCAACACCUACUGAUGUGCUCCGUGAGCAUGAGCGUGCUCUUACCGCUCUUAUUCGUGGGUGUCUUACCGAUCCAGUCACAGCGGUCCGUGAAGCGGCAUCUCAAGCCUUUGACGCUCUUCAGGAGGCUCUUGGUGAGGUUGCAUCAGACUUGCUGCCUGAACUCAUUGCUCAGAUGCAAGCUGGUGAUGAUGGAGCUCUUGCUGCUCUGAAGGAAAUGAUGAGCACUAGUGCUGAUGUUGUGUUCCCCGCGCUUGUUCCGAAGCUCAUCGAAGCCCCUAUUACCGACUUCAAGGCUUCAAGCUUGGCAGACAUUUGUGAGGUUGCUGGUGAUGUUCUUUACUCUCGACUUGAAUCGAUCGUAGACGCUUUGCUUUCAGCGGAGGUUUCCAACACGGCGGAUUCUCCUGCUAAUGCUACUGCUCUGGACCGAGUUCUUGGAGUUGCCCUUCCAGAAGUUCAUUUGCUCGAGAAAGUCAAGGCUGCCGAGUCAGCCACACGUGCAUCGGUUCUUGCUCACAUUGCUACACAGCUUGGAUCUGGUGCCACACUUGACUAUGCCUCCGAUUGGGUUACAUUCGGUAUUCUAUCUCUCGAAGAUAGCGAUGCUGGUGUGGUUCAGGGCGCACAUGCUCUGUUGUCUGCACUGACAUCUACUCUGGCUAAGGGUGAUUUGGCUAAGCUCGUACCAGCUGCUCACCAAGCUGUUAAGAUGACAUCGGCUCCUGUCGCCGGUUUCAAUCUCCCCAAGGGUGUCUCAUGCAUUUUACCCAUCUUUUUGCAAGGCUUAUCUCUGGGUUCUACUACUGACAAAGAGGUUUCUGCUUUGGCUAUUGCAGAUGUUGUGGAACGUACUGAUGAGCAGAACCUCAAACCUUUGGUUACCCAGAUUGUUGGUCCUCUAAUUCGUGUGGUUGGUGAGCGUUAUCCCGCAUCUGUUAAGGCUGCAAUUAUGUACACUUUGAAUGUGUUGCUGGCACGGAUUCCUCAAUAUCUCAAACCGUUCCUGCCCCAGCUUCAGCGUACUUUUGCCAAGUCAUUGGCGGAUCCGACCAGCGUUUUGCUUAGAACCAGAGCAGCUACAGCUUUGGGUACUCUUGUUACUUUGCAGACACGUAUUGAUCCCUUGGCCAAAGAAAUUAUUGCUGGUGUCCGAUCUGCUGAAGAUGAGGGUGUUCGUAUGGCUAUGCUGCAGAGCUUAUUUGAGAUUUUGCACAAGGCAGGACAGCACUUGUCAGAACCACUUCGUGGAAAUGUUCUAGAGCUAAUUGAUGAGGUUGAUCUUAAUGAAGCCAAUGUCCGCAUGCAAGCCACCGUUGCCAAGAUUGCAGCUCUCACCUUAGCCCUUAUGGGUCGCUCUUCAAUUGUCAAGCAGGUCAUUGGUGCUCCUAAACUAUUAGCAGUUCUCACUGCUAACGCGUUGCUGGUUUACGCGAAGCAGUUUGUCACUCCGGACUUUGCUAACAUUCUGGCUGGCCACACUCAAGCGACCGAUGCAGAAAUAAGUGAAAAUGCCGUGAUAGGUCUCGGCAAGUACUUGCUUCAGACGGAGGAUCCGACCCACAUGAGUGCUGUCGUAGCUUGCGUUGUGAAAACGGACGAUCACACACCCAAUGUCCGACGCCUUGCAUUGAUGGUUCUGCGCGCGGUAGCUAAACACCGUCGCCACUAUCUCACUCCAGAGGUAUUAGAUGAUCUCAUUGUUCCAUUAUUUGCUGCUGUCAGGGAUACUACAAUUCCUGUGAAGCUGGCUGCCGAACAAGCCUUCUUGGAUGUGUUUGAUUUCGUUGACCGUGACACCGCUGUCUUUGAUGAAUGGUAUCAGGGUGCUCAAACUCGUGAUGUAGUCGCUGGUCCUCAGCAGCGCUCUCUCACGGAGUAUGUCCGUCGUGUUGCUCUUCGUCACGCUGCCGCGCGUCGCGAGCAGGAGUCCGCCGGAAUUUCUCAAGAAGAUGAGGCCGAAAUUUGGCAAGUUGGUUUGCACUCCGAGGUGUGA